GGUACGCGUUCGACGUAGGAAUGUGACAGCGCUCGCUUCCUGGGAGAGAUGGGACGCACUCGGGCUCCGGGAUCCAGGGAGACGGAGAGGAGCGAGAGGAGGAAGGGCGGAACGGUAAACAGCCGCUCGGGCCUCAACGCCGCUGUCUCCGGCCGUGGUUCCCGAACACAGUCGCCCAGCGCACGGACGGCUGCACACCGGCCUGGGGGAAGAGCACCGUGAAGGAGAGGAGGAGAUGGAGUCGUCGAUAGUUCCCCUCAGGAACCAUGUGUCCAGCUCUCUCCUCCAGACCAACUAACCCUUUCCGGAACUUUCCUCCUCACUGAAGGACCAUGGGAAGUGUCAGCAGCUUAAUAUCCGGCCACAGCCUCAACAGCAAGCACUGCCAUGCUUCCGAGGUGCGACUGAGGAAGGGCGCCCACGACAAGAAGACGAGUCGCAGCGUGGACGGCCUGUUGCGGUACGGCUUCACCCAGGGCCCCUCCGCCAGCCACGCUCCCAAACCCCUGUCCCAGUUUCAGGCAGGCAGGAGCGAGGACUUCUUCUACAUAAAGGUGGGCCACAAGGCCAGGACGGCCCACCACAGAGGGGGCCCGGCUCCGCCGGAGGACCACGGAGGGGAGGCCCAGGCCAAUCUGGACCCCGAGGGGGGACUGCCCCCUAAACUGCUGCCUAUGUCAGGCAAACUGGAGAGGAGUAUUGAGAAGACACUCAUCCGCCCGACAGCCUUCAAGCCUGUCAUCCCCAGGAGCACAUCAUCCUCCGACACUAUCGACCGCUCGGACCAUGUCCUCCUCGGCUCCGCCGAGAGGACCUCCAGAGACCCGCCCGGACACAAGCAGGACACCCUCUCGGGGACUCUCUCGGACUCGGGGAGGAACUCCAUGUCCAGCCUGCCCACUCACAGCACCAACGGCAGCCUGAGGGCCUCGGCGGGCCCCCCGCCUCACCACGCGGGGGGCCCAGCCUGCGGCCCCGGCGUGACCCCCAUCCCCCAGCCCAACGCGCCCCCGUGGACCAACAGGCACUGCGUCUCCAGCAGCACCCGGGGCUUCGGGCCGGCCGAUGGCGGCGGCGGCGGCGGGACGAACGCCAACGUCUCCCCGUCCUCUUCCAAGCCGACGCCCAGCCCCCUGCUGGAGGAGAGGGGCGGGGGCCUCCGUUCGCCCAUCACCCCGGACGACUCGCUGAUCGAGGGUCUGGAGCGGCGCCUCCUGGAGCGCGAGACGGAGCUCCAGGAGCUGCAGGUGAGCUUCGAGGACAAGGAGGACGGCACCUGCCGCCUGUUUGAGGAGAAGCAGCGCUACUGCGCCGAGGAGAUGGAGGGCCUGAAGGAGCGCUGCUCCACCAAGCUCCGCCAGGCGUCCCAGCGGGUGGCGCGGAGCCAGCAGGCGCUGCAGCUGCAGCUGGGCCAGCUGGAGACGGACAAGCGGAGGCUGCAGGACGAGCUGGCCCAGGUGGCCCGGGAAAAGGAGCUGGCGGAGGUCAGGCUGAGGUCGUACGAGUCCGAGCAGCUGGCUCCGACCCUGGAGGAGACCCAGUGGGAGGUCUGCCAGAAGACGGGAGAGAUUUCCCUGCUGAAGCAACAGCUGAGAGACUCCAAGGCGGACGUCGCUCACAAGCUGAACGAGAUCGUCACUCUCAGAGCCUCGCUGAAAGAGACCAGAGGCAAGAUGGAGGUUCUCGAACAGCAGAACAAAGAGCACGAGGAAAGGAUUCAUUGUCGGACAGUGGAAGUUGAGGUAUGCCAAAAUGAGCUUCAGCGCAAGAAGAAUGAGGCAAACCUGCUGAGAGGGAAAGUGGGCAAGCUGGAGACAGACAUCCAGGGCAUGAAGCACGAUCUGGCCCUGGCAAAAGAACAGAGACAUCAGCAAGCCCUGAAACAACAGGCCCAGGCUCUGGCUCAGGUCCAGGCCGCACAACAGUUGGGCCAGAGCGGGGCCCCAUGCCAGGCCGAGGAUAAGGGGGGACACAUGCCCACGGACUCCCUCCAGAGAGAGGUGGAGAGACUGAGAGGAGAGCUCAGGGAGGAGAGAGAGACUCAGGAGAGGCUGGCCGACAGCUUCGAGCAGGAGAGGCAAACGUGGAACAGGGAGAAGGACAGAGUGAUCAAGUACCAGAGACAGCUCCAGAUCAACUACCUGCAGAUGUACAAGAAGAACCAGGACUUGGAGAGGAUUCUGCAGGAGCUCACUGCAGAGCUGGAUAGUCGGCCAGACCUGGACCUGGACAUCCAUAGCUCAGGAUUACACUACGAAGACAUGAUCGCCACAGAGAUUUGAGCAACGAGCUUUGAGUCACAUCAGCACUGGUACUACCUUCUUCAGGAACAGAUGAACAUGACCUGAUCCAUUGCGAUAACAGGGUAGCACAUCACAUAAUCAUACCAUCACCUUAAAAGCAGCAUGACAACAAAUGAUCUAUCACCGCUAUCUAACAAAAGCCAUUUAAGAUGAUCAAGAUGGUUCAACAAUGGAUGUGUGAAAUAUAACAGUGAUAGAUCAUUUCUCGUGAACUGGUCAUGUAUUAUUGAAAUCGCUAUAUCAUUCCCAGGACUGUAAAGCAGGCGUUAAGUUUUUGUCACCCAUUAUGUUUAAUGGACGGCAGCAGCAUUUGCAAAUGUUUUUAUCCCUCCAGGCAGUUUUUCAGCUGCUGUCAACUUGAGGUAUUGUGAUAUUGCACAUGUCGAGUGCUCCGUAAAACGUUUCAGCUUCAGAUAAAAGAUUUUUAUUUUAAUAUUAACGACUAAGCCGGCAGGCCACAGUGUUGUAUUGCUAAGUGUUUGAAAUGACGUGGAAUGUCUAAAGAAUGUACGUUGGCACACGUCCGUUGUGACUGAACAGGAGGGUGAACGUGAUCUGAAUGUACCUCGUGCCACUGAAUUUCACAACUUAGGAUCCAAUAUCUCAUCGUUUCACAAUCAGUCCACUUGAAUACUAAUGUGUCUGCCCGCCACAAUAUCCUUUGCUCUAUUUAUUUCACGAACUGUACACACGACGACACAGAUGAGGGUUUUUAGUAUCAGAAAUAAAGUCUA